AUGAACAAGGGUACAAACAAGCUGACUACAGCCUACAGGAAACCAUUAACCCCUCUGGAAGCGGAUGUACGCUACCUGCACUUUGUGCUCCGUGCGUCGAAUUCUUUGAAACAAGUGAAAUGCUUCAUCUUGUUUUUCCAAACCGGUGUGGGAAAUGGAAAAAAGAGUAGAGUGGAUCUCGGAGCGAAAGAGCCAGCCUCUCGAAGAGGGCCGUUCAUCACUGUGAUGUGGGUCCAGGUAUUGGUUACAGGGCGGGGGUGGCUGAGCCCUCGUCGGAACGAGUCCUCCCCGGACUCCACAGGCACCGUGGUGCUGCAGGCCCUCUACAACUACCAGUAUGAGGCGGAGGAUGGGAAACGGGUGACCAUCGCGGAGGGCGAACUCUUCCAGCUCCUGCGCAAGGCCAAUGAGGACUGGUGGCAGGUGCGGCGGCUCGGUCAGCCCAAACAGAGGAGACCCAUCUUUGUGCCUGCCACCUACGUCACCGAAGUGCCUCCUGGCGCAAGGGUGGCCGCGCAACAAAAUGCGACCUUGCAUCUUCGCGGCAGCAUGGAACAGGAUGAUGGCGCAGGGCAUUUGGACAUGCUCUCCUGUUCUCUGGAGGACCUGUAUACUGCCCCUCACCCUCAUAUGGGGCUUGUGUCCAGCCACAGCCUUAGUCUACCAGCCAUGGGGUCUUGUCCCCGGUCCCUUGUCAAGAGCCUCAGCAUAGGUGGCUUAUCCCAAAGGAUCAGUAGAAACGCAGAACAAGCGGACAUGAGCCAGGGGCAAAAUUCUCCAGAAGAGGAGCUGGUGAAGAAGCGCCCCCCCAGCCCUCCCGGUCCCCCGCUACAAGUCCUCGAAGCCUGGGAACGCCAUAUUGAUUCCUGCUGGCGGCGCAGUUACUUUUAUAAGCUGGCAACGGGUGAGAAAUCGUGGAAGCUGCUGCGGAGGAACAGCCAGAAGAUGAGCUUGGGACUGACCGACGGACACAGCCCCUCACCCUCAGCAGACCCUGCUGUGGGUGAAACACCAGGCAGAGAGGAAGACGGAGGGAAGGGUGAAUCGCCUGGCAGUCAGGGCCUCAGGAAGCUGAGCUACGCCAAGUCCAUGGUGCUGCCAGAGACACGGGGGACCAAGGGAAGUCAUCACCGGAACCUUUCCCAGCACAGCUGCGUGGCCUGGAUGGUGGAUUACCCCCCGCCAGGCACUGCCAAUGGUUCCACGUCUAACCUCCCUGACCUGAUGCAUAUGGUGGAGAAAGCUGGUCAGCUGAACAAAACCAAGAUCGCGGAAGGAGGGCGCAAACUCCGAAAGUGCUGGACGACCUCUUGGCUGGUUCUGGCUGGGAACAGCCUCAUGUUCUACAAGGACCCCAAAGUUGCAGCCGAAUGGACUCCAGCGAGCAGCCGGCCCGAAAGCAGUGUGGAUUUGCGCGGCGCCCACAUCGAGUGGGCCAAGGACUUGUCCAGCAAGCGGAACGUCAUCCACUUCCGCACAGUGACUGGCAAUGAGUAUCUCUUGCAAUCAGAUAGUGAGGCUAUCAGCCAAGGCUGGUAUCAAGCUAUCAAAGGAGUCAUCCGAAGGCUGGAUGAAGAAAAUCCUCUGGACGAGCCUCUUCUGUAUCCGCUUUGCCGGGCAGGCAGUGCAGACCUUGUGGAUCUCAGCUAUGACGAGGAAGAGGAACCAGGAUGCCAAAAGACACCUUCUAGCCCUGACAAACUCUACAAAAAACGGGUCAAGAGCAAGCUGAGAAGGUUCAUCGCCAAGCGGCCCCCACUGCGGAGCUUACAGGAGAAAGGAUUGAUUCGAGACCAGGUCUUUGGCUGCCGUCUGGAAGCCCUGUGCUAUCGGGAAGGGGGCACGGUGCCACGCUUUGUUCAACAGUGCGUUGAGGCUGUGGAGCAGAGAGGCCUGGAUGUGGAUGGUAUCUACAGAGUCAGUGGCAACUUGGCCGUUAUCCAGAAGCUGAGGUUCAUAGUUGAUCGUGAGCGGGCAGUGACAUCUGACGGCCGCUAUGUUUUCCCGGAGCAGCGUAGCCAAGAGGACAAGUUGCGCCUGUCUGACCCUCAGUGGGAUGACGUGCAUGUGAUAACUGGGGCGCUCAAGCUUUUCUUCCGGGAGCUGCCUGAACCUGUGGUGUCAUUCAGCCUUUUUGAUGAAUUCGUAGCUGCCGUCAAGAUGUCUGACUCCAAGGAAAGAGUAUCCAAGCUGGUGGGGCUGAUCGAGAGCCUCCCCCAACCCAACCGGGACACCCUCCAUUAUUUACUGGAACAUCUCCGAAAAGUGAUGGAGCACUCAGACGUCAACCGGAUGACCACGCAGAACAUCGGCAUCGUCUUUGGGCCCACACUGCUGCGACACGAGGGGGACGUGGCCAGCCUGGCGGAGGGCAUGGUGUACCAGAACCAAGUGGUGGAGUUGCUCCUGACUGAAUUUCCAGGCAUCUUUGCGGCCUCAGGCACUGAAUGA